GUGUGUACGAUAGGCUGCUGCCAGCUGAAGGGAAACCAUUGCGAGCAGUGCACAAAAGCGGUUCAGUGCACGUCCUACUUGUAAAGCUCUACAGCAGGGCGAUUUUGCGCGUUCCCGUGACUCUCGCCAUAGAAAACAAAGCUGAACGUCUUCCAUAACAGCUACGGGUGCAGACUUGAGGAAUAUCCGAAUUUACCCCGGACACAUCAUGCUGAAUAUGGAUUUACAGUGGGUGUAGCAUCGUUGGAGACCGAGCCUUCUCGGCCAAGGGGGGUGACGGCAGGACAUUAGCGAAAACCGACGAAAAUAACACCAGUGUGUGUUUCUCGGGGUGCUUUGUCUUGUCCACCUAACGAUAGCAAAAAAAAAAAAAAAAAACAUCAUUCCCGUUUCAAUUGCAAGAUAUUCAGCUAGUGAUCACUAGCUGCCGCCGGGAUGUAUCACCAUGUUGUCACCUAAAAGUAACUGCUAGGACGGCGGAUUGUGAAGGAUAAGCAGAAAACCUCUCCGAGGUCCCAGCGGCUUGUCACCGGGACCUGAAUCUGUGUGAGCCACAGUCGCGGAACCCACUGUUUUCGGCGAUAUGGCGGAGCAAGGCUACUCAUCCUGGGCGUACUCCCUAGUUGACUCCAGCCAGGUGUCCACCUUCCUCAUCUCCAUCCUUCUCAUCGUCUAUGGCAGCUUCAGGUCAUUAAACAUGGAUUGUGAGAACCAGGAGAAGGAUAAAGACGGAAACCCCACGACAACGGGGGCUUUCAAUAACGGCAACACGAACAACAGUGAGUGUUACAUGAGUAUUCAGACUAUAGACUCCACACAGGCCCUGUUCCUGCCCAUAGGAGCCUCUGUGUCUCUGCUAGUCAUGUUCUUCUUCUUUGACUCAGUACAGGUGGUCUUCACUAUCUGCACUGCAGUUCUUGCAACAAUUGCAUUUGCAUUCCUCUUGUUGCCAAUGUGCCAGUAUCUGACCAGACCCUGCUCCCCACAGAACAAGAUUUCCUUCGGCUGCUGUGGGCGUUUCACUCUGGCUGAGCUCCUGUCCUUCUCCCUCUCCGUCAUGUUGGUGCUCAUCUGGGUGCUGACUGGACACUGGCUUCUCAUGGAUGCUUUAGCCAUGGGCUUGUGUGUCGCCAUGAUAGCCUUCGUGCGGCUUCCCAGUCUGAAGGUGUCUUGCCUGCUGCUGUCAGGACUGCUCAUUUAUGACGUGUUCUGGGUGUUCUUUUCAGCCUACAUCUUCAAUAGUAAUGUGAUGGUCAAAGUUGCCACCCAGCCUGCUGAAAAUCCGAUAGAUGUUCUGUCCAGGAAGCUCCACUUGGGGCCAGGGAUGGGCCGCGACGUCCCCCGUCUCUCCUUACCUGGCAAACUGGUCUUUCCCAGCUCCACAGGAAGUCACUUCUCAAUGCUGGGAAUAGGAGACAUCGUGAUGCCAGGGCUGCUGUUAUGCUUCGUCCUGCGCUACGACAACUACAAGAAGCAAGCCAAUGGGGAAGUCCCGGGGCCUGGUAACAUGUCCGGACGCAUGCAGCGCGUCUCCUAUUUCCACUGCACUCUCAUCGGAUACUUUGUGGGUCUGCUGACUGCCACUGUGGCCUCCAGGAUCCAUCGUGCUGCUCAGCCUGCUCUGCUCUACCUGGUGCCCUUCACCCUGCUGCCUCUGCUCACUAUGGCCUACUUAAAGGGGGAUUUGCGGCGCAUGUGGUCCGAGCCCUUCCACGCCAAGACCAGCAGCUCCCGCUUCCUGGAGGUAUGAUGCACCCUGGGAUAAACGACCAGCGCGGGGAGGACUGCGGAUCCUUUACCCUAAUUAGAGGGAAGGAGAGAGGGCGCACUCACAGUGAGGCCAUGUUGUCAUCACUUGUUCAUGCUUUCCGCCAAUCUUCUGUGAAAAACCCUCAGAAGGACACCAGUGUGUGGAUCACAACGCCCCAACACGACUCAUCUUUGGUCCCUACAUCCUCCCCCCGUUUCAUCUCCGCUUCCUCUUUUCUGUUUAUUUCCGUUUCAUUAUAGAACAUCCUGCCUAUGCUGUUUUUGUUCUGCCCCCCCCCUCCCUCCCCGCCUCCUCUCUUUUUUCCUUUUUCCCCUCUCCUGUAGUCGGUCUCAUUUGCCACUUCCCUCCUGUGGCCCGUUCCAUUCGUCAGGCCUCUUCUCUCUUCUGCGUUUUUUCCUCUUUUCUCUUGCGUCUUUAAUUUUUCUCUGCAUCUCUGUUUGUCACCGACUCAGAUGAACUCGAGGGCCAGGCCUCCCCCUUUUUGUGGACUUAGGGUUGUGAGACAUGGCUGGGGUUUAUAUCUAUUUUUUUAGCAUUGUCGUGGUCAUUAUUAUUAUUAAUAUUAUUAUUAUGGAACGAUUUAAACAAACGGAGAAGAGGCGGAGUGUUGCAGUGGCACAGGACCGUGCUCGGGACCAGCAACAGUAAAGAAGAAGAGUCUUCCCCCUCCAUCCGUUCCCCCCUUCCCCCCCUCCCCGCUGUCUUCAUCUGUCCCAUCAUCCCACCACAAC